AUGAAAUAUCAGGCUGCCAGGCAGAGGGGAAAAGACAGCGGAUUGGAUCAAAUACAAAGGCUGACGGAGAUGAUGGUGGAUGCACUCAAUGACCUUCUCGAAGACUAUAAAGAGUGUGAAUUUGAACUGGCAAAGUUUUUGGGUUUCAAACCAAAGGACGAAUUAGCAAAGUCAUUGGAUACCAUCCAGAGACUCAAAAUGGCAAAGGCCCGAAAAUUCAAGGUUAUCAAUCCAGUUGGUGGUUAUAUGUUGUGGUUACCACCUGAAUGA